AUGAUCUGCCUCCUUUCCAACGUUUUUGUGCCCUCUUAUAAGUCCAAAGUAUUUCAGGGUCAAUUAGAAGAAAAGACGUCUAAUGCUCUGGGAUUAGCUGGUUUUGAGAUGUUUCGGUUUUAUUACCAGCAGUUUUUCAUUCUUUACAUUUGCUUUCUGUUUGGAAUACUGCCUACAGGAAAAUGUCAAGGAAGUCAAGCUCAGUUAAUGAAAACGAAAAGUGAAUUCAGAAAAAUGGUGGAUAAAAAUGAGAUAAAGGAAAUUCUAAGACGAACUACAAAACGACCUCAUCUCGCCGCUUCAAAAGGCGAAGAACUGAUUACAAACUACCUCCGGGACACGUGGAAGAGUUACGGAUUCGAGGUUGAGGAGCCUGAGUACGAGGUUGUUCUCUCUUUUCCUCAAGAAGACAAACCAAACAAAGUAUCUAUAAUCAAUAACGUUACCAGAGAAGUAGAUUACGAAAUAGUAGGACAACUAAAUGUAACAGCCGGUCGUGGACACGAUGGAACGAUCUACACCUACACACCAUUUAUCUCAGCAUCUGUUAAUGGUACCGUAGAAGGAGAAUUGGUAUUUGCAGGCUCAGGGCGGAAGUUGGAUAUACAGCACUUGAAAAACAGAGGAAUAUCGAUUAAAGGAAAGAUUGUCCUCAUUUAUGAUAUAUUUGGAGACUGGAUAACGAUCGGCAAUAAAGAAGGAGCAGCUGGAGUAAUUCUUUUUUCAGACCCCAAAUUCUUCGCACAAGAGGGAACUGGAGUAAAUGACACCUUCCCAAACAAGCCAUGGUUACCAGGCGAUGCUGUUCUAACUAGCUCCCCCAUGGAUGGUAGAUAUAUUUUUGGAGAUCCUAGUACUCCACUGUUACCAUCUACUUGUGGAAUGGCGGCUCGUCCUUUAAACAAAAGACGCAAAUACGGCAACUUUCCACUGCAAACCAUCUCCUAUAACCAUGCUCGUUAUUUACUGAGUCGAAUGCAAGGAGAAAAAGCGCCAAAAAACAUGACGGGCAAUUUGAAAGUAGAUUACAGACUUGGGCCAGGUUUAAACACAACCAAUAAGAAUCCAGCUCCAGUAGUCAGACUUGAAGUCAACAAUCAGUACGUUAAGAAGAAGAUACGUAAUGUCAUAGCAACGAUCCCCGGCUCAGAAGAACCUGACCGAUAUGUCCUGAUUGGUAACCAUAAGGAUGCGAUGUCGUUUGGAGGCAGCGACGCUUCGACUGGAACGGCUACAAUGAUGGAAAUAUCGAGAGUCUUUUGGAAACUCAGGCAAAAAGGAUGGAGACCAAGAAGAACAAUAAAGUUGUGUGGCUGGACCGCGGAAGAGUUCGCAUUAAUAGGCUCGACUGAAUGGGUGCAAGAAAACCUCGAAGUUCUGAAAAAGAGAGCAGUAGCUUAUAUAAAUAUCGACCAAGCCAUAAUGGCUACACAUAUCUUAUUCGUAGAGGCAAGCCCAUUAUUAGGCGACGUUAUUCUAAAUAACGCCAAAGAACUUCAAGAUCCAGUCAAUAGUUCAAUUACAUUAUUUGACAGCAUGGUUAACAGCCUACCAAAAUCAAAGGAUUACCCAGGCGAACCACAUAUUUACAACAUGAAAUACCCAACAGAUCAUGCUUCAUUCCUGCAUUUGCUAGGUCUUCCUGUGGCGAAUUUCCUCUAUUUCUUUUUAUACAAAGAUAAACAGAACAUUCAUCCCGUUUAUCACACUCAGUAUGAUACUUUUGAAUAUAUAGAAAAAUUUGGCGAUCCAAACUUUCUUUAUUCCAGAUUAGUGGUGCGGCUUUUAGGGAGUAUAUUACUUGAUCUAUCUGACUCUGAAGUCCUUCCAUUUAAUGUGACGAGAUUCGCAAAAUCGGUGCAAAAUGCCUUCAAAACCCUAAAAAAUUCAACGCAUUCAAAACGAAUAAACGUAAUGCAGAUGGCAUAUCUUGAAAAGGCAGUCAAAUCAUUUGUGGAUAUGACCAAGGCGUUUGAGUUCGCAAAAUCCCGGCUCACGCGUCAGCAGAAAAAUCCUUUGGUUUUGCGCAUGCUCAACGAUCAAAUGUUGGGGUUAGAGAAAAUAUUUCUGAGUCCGAAUGCCAUGAGAGGUUUGCUCGAUAAUCUAAAUGACAGAAUAAUUAAAGAGAUUGUUGUUUCCUACCACAAUAAAGAUAAUAUGUUGUUAAUCAGUGAGAAAUUCAACAAUUUUGACAAGAUCGCAGGCAUGAAGAAUCUCACUCAAUGCGAGAAAGACGAAUAUUUCAAGUUUGAAAUGUCGUUGAUCAUCAAAGCCGUCAGAGAAGCAACGAAUCUGAUGACUUUAUAGAUUACUUUCAGUGUACGGAGUCGGCCGAUGAAUUGCAUUAUUAGGUCUUGUUACUAUUAUGCGUUUCCAACAGUUAUCCGUUUUUGGACGCCAUUUUGAAUGUUUAUGGUUGUUCGUCGGUUGUUCAUUAGUGUUCUUCGAUACACUAAUAAGGAAAACCGCGUAAACAUUCAAAAUGGCAUCGAGAGACCACAGGUUGCCCCGGCUAUUAUCCUGUGACUUAAGAAGACAGUGAUAUUUUUAGAAAUUUUACAAGUUUCUCCUUUAAAAAGGCUUAAUAAAUAUUUAAAAAACCUUCA